GUCGAGGCCCCUUUCGAGUGUUUCCGGAAAACAGGCGGAACUUCCCGAAGCCCGGCGGAGGCGGCCAUGUUGGGAGCCUCCGCUGUAUGAAGCUGAGGGGCGGCGAGUGGAGCUCGGGCACCGGCAGUGACGGGAAAACGGUGUCCGGGCCCGGUUCUGGAGGCGCGCCGGGGCUCGGAAGCCUCAGACCAGACAAAGGCUUGCUUUGGGUCCCGGCGUUUCCCCGCUUCGAGUUUUUUCGACCGGUGCGGCCUUGUCCCCGCGCCUCAUCCUCGGCCUCGCGUGAACUGUCAAGCCGGGCACCCCUCAUUCAAAGCCGGCGGGGCGCGGGACCCACCUAUGUAUAGGCGGUGUUGGUGCCUUCCGACCACCCAUUGAGCCCCAUUUCCCCCAUGCUGGUGGCUUGGCCGCCCCCCUCGCCGUGAGGAGGAGGAGGAGGAGGAGGAGGAAGAGCCGGAGGAGGAGGAAGACCCCGACCCCUUCCAGCUGGGUCAGGGCGAAGGAGAAGGGGAAGCAGCUGAGCAGCAGUGGGGGGACUCUCCCCUCAGGCCCUGCCCAAGGGAGCCAUGUCGAACAGUGGUCGGAGUCCCCUGCCCACCCUCAAUGAGAGAGACACGGAGCAGCGGUGGAUCGAUGACUGGCAGAGGCACUACUGCGUGAGGUAGCAGAGAAGACUACGAUUAAUGAGUGGAGGACAUAGAUACGUUGUGCCUAUGACCAUGGGAGUACCGGCCUUGGGACAUCCGGAGUCCAAGCCCAACACAAAGUCCAACAUGCUACGAGGCCGCGGCCCAGUUACCUCCGCUGAUGAGCAGCCACACAUUGGGAACUACCGCUUGUUGAAGACGAUUGGGAAGGGCAACUUCGCCAAGGUCAAACUGGCACGGCAUGUCCUGACAGGGAAAGAGGUGGCUGUGAAAAUAAUUGAUAAGACGCAGCUGAACUCCUCCAGCUUACAGAAGCUCUUCCGGGAAGUGCGAAUAAUGAAGGUUUUGAAUCAUCCUAAUAUAGUUAAAUUAUUUGAAGUAAUAGAGACAGAGAAGACACUGUACCUCGUCAUGGAGUAUGCCAGUGGGGGUGAGGUGUUCGACUAUUUAGUAGCCCAUGGAAGAAUGAAAGAGAAAGAAGCACGGGCAAAAUUCCGACAGAUAGUUUCUGCUGUGCAGUACUGUCACCAAAAAUUCAUUGUACAUAGAGACUUGAAGGCAGAGAACCUGCUCUUAGAUGCCGACAUGAACAUUAAAAUUGCAGACUUCGGUUUCAGCAAUGAGUUCACGUUUGGCAACAAGCUUGACACCUUCUGCGGGAGCCCCCCGUACGCUGCCCCUGAGCUUUUCCAGGGCAAGAAGUACGACGGCCCCGAGGUGGACGUCUGGAGCCUAGGAGUUAUCCUUUACACACUGGUCAGCGGCUCCCUGCCCUUUGAUGGGCAGAACCUCAAGGAGCUGCGAGAACGGGUCUUGAGGGGGAAGUACCGGAUCCCCUUCUACAUGUCCACGGACUGUGAGAACCUGCUGAAAAAAUUCCUCAUCCUCAACCCUAGCAAGAGAGGCACUUUAGAGCAAAUCAUGAAAGACCGCUGGAUGAAUGUGGGUCACGAAGACGAUGAACUGAAGCCUUACGUGGAGCCUCUGCCUGACUACAAGGAUCCCCGGCGGACAGAACUCAUGAUAUCCAUGGGAUAUACCCGGGAGGAAAUCCAGGACUCCUUAGUCAGCCAGAAGUAUAACGAAGUCAUGGCUACAUAUCUGCUGCUAGGAUACAAAAAUUCAGAGCUUGACAACGAUAGCAUUACCCUGAAGCCACGGACCCAACCCGAACUUGCCAACAGCACCGCCCCCUCCCCGUCGCACAAGGUACAGCGCAGUGUAUCAGCCAACCCCAAGCAACGCCGCUUAAGCGACCAGGUACCCACCAUCCCAACAUCCUCCUCGUACUCCAAGAAAACACAGGCAGCCAAUGCAGAGAACAAGCGGCCUGAAGAGGAGCGGGAGGCUGGGCGCAACAAGGCCAGCAGCACGGUGAAAGUGCCUGCCAGCCCCCUGCCCAGCCUCGAGAGGAAGAAGAGCACCCCCACACCUUCCACAAACAGCGUCCUGUCAACCAGCACAAACCGGAGCCGCAACUCCCCCAUGCUGGACCGGGCCAGUUUGGGCCAGAACUCCAUCCAGAACGGCAAAGAUAGCCUAACCACUCCAGGCUCCAGGGCUUCUACCGCUUCAGCUUCCGCCGCCGUGAGCUCUGCGCGCCCGCGACAACACCAGAAAUCCAUGUCUGCCUCGGUGCACCCCUCCAAGCCCGCGCUGCCCCCCUCCGACAAUAACUGUGAGGCGCAGCGACCCAGCACUGCACCCCAGAGGGUCCCCGUCGCCUCUCCCUCGGCCCACAACAUCAGCAGUGCCCUCCCGGAGCGCACCAACUUCCCGCGGGGCGUCUCCAGCCGCAGCACUUUCCAUGCCGGGCAGCUCCGGCAGGUCCGGGACCAGCAGAACCUCCCCUACGGCCUCACGCCCGCGUCGCCCUCCGGGAACAGCCAAGGCAGGAGGGGGGCCUCAGGGAGCAUCUUCAGCAAGUUCACCUCCAAGUUCGUGCGCAGAAAUCUGUCUUUCAGGUUUGCCAGAAGGAACCUGCAUGAGCCCGAAAGCAAAGACCGUGUGGAGACGCUCAGGCCUCACAUGGUGGGCAGCAGCGGCGACAAGGAGCGGGACGAGAACCGGGAGGCCAAGCCGCGCUCGCUGCGCUUCACCUGGAGCAUGAAGACGACGAGCUCCAUGGAGCCCAACGAGAUGAUGAAGGAGAUCCGGAAAGUGCUGGACGCUAACAACUGCCAGUGCGAGCUGCAGGAGAAGUACAUGCUUCUGUGCAUGCACGGAGCGCCGGGCCACGAGGCCUUUGUCCAGUGGGAGAUGGAGGUGUGCAAGCUCCCCCGCCUCUCCCUCAACGGUGUCCGCUUCAAGCGGAUAUCGGGCACCUCCAUGGCCUUCAAGAACAUUGCCUCAAAAAUCGCCAACGAACUGAAGCUUUAACAGGCCCCCCGGGGGGGCCCAGCCUGCACGCGCAUGGGGUGGGGGUUAGGAGUAAAAAGCUGCAAUUUUAACUCUGGAAGGGUUUAUUUUUCGAUACCCUGGUGCAGGACGGAGAUUGGGGGGGGCAGGGAAAGGGGGCGGCAGCUGGAUGUUUGGGGACAUCCCCCCUCUCCAUCACUCCCCCCCCCCCGCUGCUGGAUCGCUAUGGAGACAGAGUGCGUGGGGUAGUGGCUGGCAGCCACCCAGCCCGUCUCCGUGGCAACAGUAGUGGGAGCGUACCAAGGGCUGUUGGUCUCUAUAGUGACUGUGUUGGGGGGCAUCCCUUUUGGUCUCCGUGGCGACCAUGGUACUUUCCUUUUAUUUCUUUUUUUUGUUGUUGCACAUGAGACAGGGUUUUAAAUUUUUACCAAACACAGCAAAAAGCAAAGAUGAGGAAAUAAGUGGACACCCCGCCCCCUCAACUGCCAGAGCUCGCCCUCCCCCACAAUGCCUUUUACCUCCCACAAUGCCUUUCACUCGCACCCUCCUCCCGCUCCUUGUGUUGGUGGUGGGCUUUCAGCUGCCGGGCGUGUGCUCACUCAUGCCCUGGGAGAGUUGGGGUUUCCUAAGGGCAUAAUGGUGCCAGUGGUUCUCCCUCUGGGUUUCCCCCGUCAGGCCAGUGAUGGACAGUGGUGGGUUCGGACGGUUCUGCGGUCGCCCUCUCCUCCCCUUCCUGCUCUCGGCCAGUUCUGCUCCCAGGGCCUGUUUUCGGCAAGGCCAUUGGAAGGAGCACUGUCCUCCAAUUUGCUCUUCUUCUGGCAGGGGUCCUGAGACCCCCUAUAAGAAGAGUGGGGCGAAGAUUCUAGCCAUGCAUACGGUUGCCUCCCACCUUGGAAGAGCAAAGGAUGGGGAGUGUCCCAAGCCACAGCGGUCCGUUUCUUCACCUCUGACCACCCCCCUCCCCAGCAAUUCUCUUCCCUGCAAGCUCCAGGGGCAACAGCAUAAAGCUAGCAAGGGCUUCUGGGAGCAGAGCAUUCCUUUGUUCAGCCUGAGCCAGUUUCUUUUAUGGGCCUUGACAGCUUGCACAGCAUCAUGGUUAGAACUGCUGCCCCAUCAGUCUUGCUGGUGCCUUGCUUGUUGGUUCUGAUCCCAAGCCCCACCCCCACCCCCCUUCUCCAGCACUUCCAGGCUAAGAUAACUUUCAGCAUGUUUCUUCCUGACCCAGGAUGCUCUGGAACAAACCAGACCUUGGCCACCAACUUUGCACACGUGUUCAUACUUGGCUUCUUUUCCUCUGUGCCCGAGAGUGGCUUUGGCUGUUAUUAAAGAAAGUGGCACCAUCUGCCUGUGGGGAGAGUUGCCUGAGGGGUCAUUAGCUGGGGAGCAUUUUUGCCCCAGUCUUUCCAUUACGGAAGACGACAUACAUAGGUCAUACUGAUGUUUCGGGGCAAGAGGAAGAGCUUUGUGGUGGGGUAUGUGGGGGGUGGCCUCUGUUAACACUCUUCCUGCGCAGGUAGUUGUUGCAGCAGUGGUCACCAGUAUCUUACCAGUAUGGUGGAAGAUAAGGGGAGCUCCCCCUCCCAUUUACCUCCUUCCCUGCAUCUACAAAAGCAGGAUAGCACAGCCUGCCCUUCCUUCCCAUUUGACAAGCCGGCUUUUCCCCUCCUCUUUCCAAAGCACAAGAGAAAAAUGGGACCCUGGCUGCAAUUACCUCUCUUGUUCCUCCCUCCCCUUUACCCCACCACCCCUCAAGCUGGGUUUCUUCCAUUGUCAUAUCACCACUUGAGAAUGUAUUUUCAAUCCUCUUUGGGGUGGUUGGGCUCCCCACCCUGGCAGUCUGUACUGAGCUCCUUUCAACCCCACCACUGUCACACACACACACACACACACACACACACACACAAAUCUGGUUUGUAUAUAACUGUACUGAUACCUCGGUUUUGUGAGUGGUUACUUUUUUUUUUUUAAUUCUGAUCACAAAAUGCCUUUUUUUAAAAAAAGAAAAAAAUCAUGUCCCUUUUUUGUUCAUCCCCCUCCCCCCCCCCUCUAGGGACGCUGCCGUUUGAUGUAGUUUUACAGGUUCUAGAUUAAAACUUUCCAGAAAGUA